AUUAGACGAGACUAAUGACCUACUCACAGUCUGGGUAAGCAAAGGCCAGCAUAUUUUGAUGCGGAUUUCUCUUCGUCAGUUUUACUUUGGGGGUCUACUACUAUAAGCGUUUUUUAUUCCAUAUGAUCGCCCACAGAAAAAAAUAAUGAUUUUAAAACGUAGUAGUUAGCAGCUGAACGCGUUUCAUCACAGCUGUCUAUUUAAUACUAGCGAAGGCUGUAGGCACACUUGUCGUUCUUUUUGCGCCACGAUCUUGAUUAUCAGAAAGAAGCAUGGCGGGGAGCCGGUGAGCAGUCGUUGGAAAAACUCAGCAAGUGCACACACGCCGAGAGCAGAUAAAGGCUUGCUGUCACUCCCUUAGGCUGACGAAAAGCCAUGGCGGCAACCAGCACGUCUACGGAAAUGCUGACGCCUGCUGCCGCCCAACAAGGAGCUUCCGUCGACGGCGUGGGAGACAAGACGCCAGUCGCGUCGCAGACAAAGACCGUAGAAGGGCAUCUGCAUACGCGUGACCUUAAUGAAGAGGAUAACGCGGAUAAGAGCGAGGACCUUGAAGGAACAAGUUGUAAUGCGGGUGAGGCAGUCGAGGAGGUUUAUCCUAUGCAUCCACUGCCACCACAGGUGCUUACUUACUAUCUCUCAUUUGGGCUAGCUCCCUUUCAAGACUGUUUUUCUUAGGUGCGUCGAUCGUCUCGUAUUUGCGGCCAGUAGUAAAUUGUAGCGUUCCGCAAACUACUUUUAAACUUUUGCAUGUGAAAACUCCCAAUCCAAUAAAGGUACAAGAACAAGGGAGAAAUUACGGGGAGCAGUACGGCAUUCCUUCGGAUGCCUGGUCUUCGGACGAAGAUGGGUUGUCCUCCGAGGACGACGAGGAGGGAGCGACGGGAAGGAAUCCAGGCCGAGCUCGGAUCUCUUCGGAGACCACCGCUACCACAGUGGCAUCUUCGUGUUCACAUCAGCCUCUGCCGCCAGUGCCAGAGGAAGACGAGGGAACGAAUUGGAUGGAACUACUUAAAGACCUCGAAAGUCUGAAUAGCAAAAAAGACGAGCAGGGUGUAACCGAGUUCGACCACAUGCAGGAAUUUUUUCGGGAGUGGCUAGAGGAGCUAGAUCUGUUCAGACAAGGAAUUAUGGAGGAUGGAUGAAGAUGAUCAGUAAAAAGCUAGAUGCAGAUCGUCUACGUUGUAGUAGGAACCUAGACGGGAUUUCCUUGACUAAAUUUUAGCCAUUUUGGUUGAGGUUUGUAUCUUACAAUGAAAGAAUGUGGCACUGCUUGUCAAUGCCUCAGUCAUGUCAUGAAUUCUUCCUUAGCUUGUUGUUGUUUUGAGGGGUCUCUUUCAUUUCGCAGAUUGACUCGCGACCUUUGGACGGAAUAAUGCAGCUGAUUGCUGAGGAGGAUAUCGGCGAAGAUGAGCUGACACGGGAGACUCUGAUAGAACUGCAUGGGACUCUAGAACGCCGCCAGAAAUCGUUGGAGAUCGUCAUGCGGCGAGAUGUGCAACCAAAACAGAAGGCAUGGAACUGCGACCCAAUCAUUUUAUGGCCUUGUAAAUUUUUAAUCUCGGCUGAUAAAUGAAUACAAAGAUAUGAACAAAAUGAAAUGAGUGACCAUAUUUAUUACUUAAUAUCAUGAACUCCUGGUCCUGUACGUCAUUCUCGCAUCUUCGAUAGAUACACCUUCAUAUUGGUACUGUCCGCCGAAAGAAGAGUGGGUCGAUCUGGACACCAACCCGGCUGCUCGGGAACUGCUGAGUACGGUGCGCUGGGGAACACCGCAAGAGAUUCACGACGCCGUCUUGCGAGUGGGUCAGAGCGUAGAUAUCGGCAACAUUCGCGACAGGAGAGGGCGAGGCGUCCUUCAUUACGCAGUUCAGAAGGGAAACGUCGCGGCUCUCGAGUACUUCGGUCCGUUGGCGAACGCUUUGGAUGCGGAGGGCUGGGCGCCACUUCACUACGCCGCCUAUUUCGGAAACCGCAUCUGCGUCGACCGAUUGUGCCAGCUAGGUGCCGACGUGGAUAUGAUCAGUCCGAUUGACGGGAAGACAGCAUAUGACUAUGCGGAGGACAUGCAGAUGAAGUGCACAAUGACGGCGCUGGCUCUGAAUGGUGCGAGCGGUCCGCGUGCGCAGCUUACCAAGGAGAAGUUCCUCGAAACGCUAUCCAGCUCGUCGCGCAGGAAAUACACUGCCUGGGAGGAGGAAAUGCGCAAAUGCAACGCUUUCGCGCCGCCGAUUCCUGAUCUCGAGUUGGCUCCGGAAGGCGAGCCCCAAACUGACACUGACGCCGAGGAAAGCAACCCGUCAGCGCAGAAAAGUGCAACGGCCUCUACCAGCUCUACCAGCCUCUACCAACCUUUACCGUAGCCCUAAAAUGAUGAAUUCGUGAUACAGGAGAUGAAAAAGUGUUGAGCUAAAGAGAAUUGCCGAACAUAAAGGUCCAUCCCAUUAUUUCGCUUUAGGAUUUGUUUCUCUCAGGUAGGAUUAUUUCGUUUUAGGAUUCGUUUUAGGAUUUGUUUCCUAUGAUCCUAUCCUAUCCAGGUAUAUAAAGAAAGUAAUCGUCUUUUUAUCGAUCUUCACGUACAUAUCUUUCAUUUAUUAUAACCCUCUAAUCUUCACUGAAUAUUAGCUUAGGCUAUUUGUAGGUACUUCGUGACACGCUUGCGAGAGCAACCUUGAUGCUGUCCAGUACCGGAUCACUUUUACGAGCCCCAUUCUACUCGAAAUUGAGUACAAAGUUGUGAUUUCGAUUUCCUGGAAUCGACCAUGAGAGUGCAGACCCGCCAAGAAAUGCUUGCGUAACAAGUAGUGAUCGAAAGAAUGCAUUAUUAAUUUGGGAAUGACCUACUACCUAGGUUUAUAAUUUUCUACAGAACUUCUACCCGCACCCGCAUGUUUUUGCCCAGUUGUGUCUCGUGAUGUCGUCCCCCAUUAUGAACGUCGAUCCAAAUUUUC